AAUACAGCCUGUGAGGCGGCGUCACAGCAUACUUUAACAUGAUCAAUUCCCUAACAAUUGGUGUUGUGGCUUGCACAGAUACCAGUGUACUUCAACUGAGGAAGUGCCAAAUAUGCAGUUGGAUCUGUUUUCCUAGCCUUUGGGCUGUCUGGCUGUGUUUGUAAAUAAAAUAUUCUUGAACUUGAUCAGGCCCAUUUGUUCACAAGACUUCACAGGGUUGUUAUGACCCAGUGGCUGAGAAAGCCUAAAAUAUUUAUUGACAAAGAAAAAGUUUGCUGACCUUUUUUUAUGGAGAAUCAGAAAUAAUGGAGAAAAGUAUAAUUAUUUUAAUGUUCCUCUCUGAAAAAGAGAGUUUAAAUAUGACUUAAAUAAAAGCCCUUCCUUAUAGUUUGCAUCUUUCUGAUGAAUUUGCUCUCUGCUCAUUACUUUUGGAUGAGACUCCUGAACUAUUGUGCUUCAACAAAAUAAAAGAUUAUUACUCAAUGGUUUGCAUUAUUGAUGACCGAGAAGAUGUCUGGAAGUUUGCCCCCAACCUGAUAACUGUGAAGAAAUAUGUGUACUUACCAGGCACAGGUGAUGUGAAUGCACCCCCUGGGUCCCGGGAAUCUCAGAUGAGAAAGAAAGUAAAUCAUUCUUCUAAAGAUGCUGAUGUCUUGGAACAAGUUCCAUUUGUGAAAGACCCUGAGGAAGGCAGACACAUUCCUGGGCUGGAGCAGAGCAAUGGCCUUGGGAAACCUGCUCGGGAGCUAAAUGGUGGCACAGAGAAGGUGCGCCAGGCACAGGAGUGCAGGCACUUGCAUGUGGUCAGCCCUGACUGGCUGUGGAGCUGCCUGGAGAGCUGGGACAAGGUGGAGGAACAACUCUUCCCCCUCACCGAUGACGAUACCCAGGCAAACAGAGAGAACAGUCCAGCAACUUUUCCUGACAGGCAGAACGUGCUUCCAACCGCCUUAUUUCACCCAACACCCAUCCAUCCCAAGGCCCAGCCUGGUCCCGAGGUCCGAAUCUAUGAUUCCAACACUGGAAAGCUCAUCAGAAUGGGUGUUCAGGGCUCCGUGCCAGGGCCCCCCAGUUCCCUGCCUAUCCACAGGGAGCCCACCUCCUUCAGAGGCCACAAGAGGAAGCUGAACGACGAGGAUGCUGCCAGUGAGUCCAGCAAGGAGUCCAGCAAUGAAGACGAGGAGGGCAGCAGCUCUGAGGCAGAUGAGAUGGCAGCAGCACUGGAGGCCGAGCUGAAUGACCUUAUGUGACUUCGGUUCCACUUCACGUGCCCUGUGCCAGCCCUUGGUCCCCUUUCUCCACAAAGACUUGUAUUUUCUAGAGCUCCGCACACAAAAGCACAUUAUUUUGCAGAAACAGGUGUUUUUAAGAGGUUUUACUAUAGGAAAGUCUACUUUUUUAAGUGACAGAGCAUUAUGGGAAUCGGUGUGCUAUGCCAAAGAGCUCAGCAGAGCCUCGCAUGUAGUUGAGACUGGAUUUUUGUGGUUUCUUGUCACAUAGUAAGGGUUAUUUUCCUUUGGGGGAUCCCUUUAAAUACCACAGUAUAUUCUUUCGGGUGAAGACUCUGGGAGCGCCAGUAAGACUCAGAAUGAUGUAGCGAGAACCUGGCAUCUUGUCUUGCUGCUUCACAGCUGAAGCUGAAGUUCUGAAGGAUGUUUAAAUGACACAGCCAUGUACAUGUGUACAGAACA